UCGCGUUCUCUCGACCGGAGCGAAACGGGUCGAGCGCGCGAAUCCGAUCGGAGCUCGAGCGGCGAUGGCGGAGAAGCCGGCGAUGGUGAUCGGGAUCGACGACAGCGAGCACAGCGCGUACGCGCUGGAGUGGACUCUCGACCGCUUCUUCGCUCCACUCGCGCCCGACCACCCUUUCAAGCUCUUCGUCGUCCACGCCAAGCCCUCCGCUUCCUCCGCCGUCGGUCUCGCCGGCCCCGGCUCGGCUGAUGUUCUGCCGUUCGUGGAGGCGGACCUCAAGAAGAUCGCGGCCAGAGUUCUGGAGAAGGCCAAGGAGAUCUGCUGCAGUAAGUCGGUGAAUGAUGUUGUACUGGAGGUGGGAGAAGGAGAUGCACGAAAUGUCCUCUGCGAGGCUGUGGAAAAGCACCACGCUUCCAUAUUGGUUGUGGGCAACCACGGAUACGGAGCUAUAAAAAGGGCCGUCCUGGGCAGCGUGAGUGACUACUGUGCUCACCAUGCUCACUGCACCGUGAUGAUUGUGAAGAAGCCCAAGAUCAAGCACUAGGACACAAACCAAGGGGCGCUGCUUGAAUAAGUGAAAACGUCCUGGCCCUGAUUUAUACCGGAGAUGUUUCCGAAUCACACAAGUCAAUCACACUAUUGUCCAUUCAAUAAGGCGCAGACCAUAUAAUUCUUGGCCAAAUGUAUACUAGAAUUUGGACAGCAGUUCCAGUUGUAUACGUUGUCUUCAUGGGAAAAAAUCUUUUCGUGA